UGUCAGAGAGCAGCUUGUUGCACGAGCAGCUUCUUGGUAAACUAAACUUGAGUUGGGUGUAAAAUCUAAACCAGUCUCCCGACAAAACGCGUUUCGCGUGGACCGACGAGAAUGUGCACUUCGGUGAAGACACAAGCCUUAACUCCAAUGACCUAACGAGUCGUGCACGGCGGCUUUUCAUCGAGAAUUCGCGCUGGCUGCGUGAUUUGUGGUGAAGAAACGGCAGCGGCGGGUCACGGUAAACAGAUCCCCGACAGAAGUGCCUUCUCUGACGAUGUUCCUACUUGAAGCUGCUCACAUCCCUUAAGCCAAGACUGUCCUCAAUCGCUUCUGGCUCCACGUAGUGUCCACACGACUCCCAAGAGUGAAACAUCACGUGGAACACAUCUCAUCUCCUCAGUCUUGCCAAAGCACAAGGAAACGGCACGCCACGUUCAUUCACAGAGCGAUAUUACAUUAUUCCGAAGAGAGCCAUUGCCUUCAAAUAGAGUUAUCCAGCAUCAGCACACUCACUUAAGAGGAGACGGAUGUCCUGGAGCAUGUUCUUAUUGUUAUGUCCAUGUUGUGCACCUGAGACUAAAUGACUGACGAGUGACUCGUCAGAGAUUGACAGCUUUACUGAUAGCGGCCAUCUCCCAUGCUCCUGCCAGCGGGGCUCUGAAUGUCACAUCUCUGUUUAAAGAGCCCCAUCAACAAACGGCAGCAAGCCACGUAUAAAAACAGCGCACGUUCGUAGAUUAUUAGAGACAAAUCAAAGCAAUUCCUUUUACUGAAGCAGCCAAAGGUUCUGGUUCAACACAGCUUUGAUAUGGCGUUAAACAUCGCUUCCAUGAGAGACACAAAAUGGCUGACGCUGGAGGUGUGCCGGCAGUUUCAGAGGGGGACGUGCUCGAGGAGCGACGAGGAAUGCAAAUUCGCGCACCCGCCCAAAAGCUGCCAGGUGGAGAAUGGAAGGGUGAUCGCAUGCUUUGACUCGCUGAAGGGUCGGUGCACGCGGGAGAACUGUAAGUAUCUUCACCCGCCGGCUCAUCUGAAGACUCAGCUUGAGAUCAAUGGACGCAAUAAUCUGAUCCAGCAGAAGACAGCAGCGGCCAUGCUCGCCCAACAGAUGCAGUUCAUGAUCCCCGGCACAACCAUGCAACCAGUGCCUACGUUUCCCGUCAGUCAAGCUCUGGGCUCGAAUCCUGGUCUCAGUUACGCACAGUAUCUGACUCCCAUGAGUCACAGCAUGGGUCUCGUCCCCACUGAGAUGCUCCCCAGCACCCCCGUCAUCGUCCCGGGCAGCCCGCCCGUCAACAUGCAGAGCUCCUCCUCUACACAGAAACUCCUGCGUACUGACAAACUCGAGGUGUGUCGUGAGUUUCAGCGGGGUAACUGCGCCCGAGGCGAGACCGACUGUCGCUUCGCUCAUCCCAGCGACAGCCCCAUGAUCGACACGAGCGACAACACGGUCACCGUCUGCAUGGACUUCAUCAAGAGCCGAUGUUCACGUGAGAAGUGCAAGUAUUUCCAUCCACCUGCGCACCUGCAGGCCAAGAUCAAAGCAGCGCAGCAUCAGGCCAACCAGACGGCCGUCGCAGCACAGGCCGCCGCUGCAGCUAUGACUCAGUCGACUGCCAAAGCAAUGAAGCGACCCUUCGAGGCAUCUGUAGAUCUGGCGUUUCCUCACGGAGUCCUGCAGCCUCUACCAAAGAGACAGGCGCUGGAGAAGAGUAACGGGGUGAGCACUUUCUACAAUCCCAGCAUCCUUCACUAUCAACAGGCCCUGGCCAGCGCUCAGCUCCAACAGCCCGCCUUCUUUCCUACAGGGUCAGUUCUGUGCAUGGCUCCUGCUAGCAGCAUUGAUCAUCCUGAAAUAAACCACAGAAGAGGACUGGGCUGUCAGGAAAGCGCUCGGAGAUACCCCAAAACAUCCCAGUGUAAAUACAACCUGCCCUCCCCUAUAGAACUACAGCAACCUGCAUGCUAAAGAGUACACCAAACCAAGCACACACACACAAACACAGUAUACCUGUUAUUCUUCACAAACAUCCGGCUGCUGAAUAGAUUAUAAACAAAAAAACACACAGUAUAAAAUAUAAAUAUAAAUAUAUAUGGAUGUAUAGAUGUAUGUUGAUGUACAGCACGUUUCAUAGAGACAUACAGUACGUGAGAAUUCAUUUCAAUGACUUGAUGUCAGAUAAUGUGUACUUUUCUCCCAUAUUUGUUUCAAUCAAAUCAAAUGCACAACGCACACCCAAAAACGGGCGAAAAGCAAAAGACGUUUGCACUGUUGGGAGUAGUGCUCAAGUGCUGGAUCGUCUUGAAUCGUAGGACGCUUUCUGAAGAGUUUGUCUUAACCAUCCUCAGCGCAGAGGACACGGGAUUGAUUUCAUUUGAAAAACAAACAAACACAAACAAAAAUAAAGCUGAAUGUGACGGGGCAGACGAAGAGAUGUCUGCAGAUCGAUUGAAUGUCUACUGGUGGAAAUGCGCUCGCGUGUCUCCUUUCCGGAAGUUCACCUGCGACUCUUCAUUCCCAACGGCCAAAGAACGGUUUACAACUCAAUAGUGCGCAUUCGACGUCAACCGACAAACUUCAUCAGUUUGGGAAGUGUGAAUGUGGCGAACCUCGUGCCAUGAAAACGUCUCAACGAAGGACUGCGUUUAAUGCCUACUUGAUGCUAUUUUUGUUUUUGUUUUUAAUGGGCGGUGAAUGAUUUUGAUGCGUCUGUGUGGAAACACUGGCCAUCCGGGAGUCGACGGUGGCUUCUGUACCGUGCCAAGGGCUUCAUUUUAAACUGGAGAGCUGCUGUAAUCUCACACAAGUCCUGACGGACGGACUAACCCGGCGUCUGGACGAAAUGAACGAGGACGAGGCGCAGGACACGUGACGUCACCGUAGACUCGACACGUGGUGAACGGAGGGCAGUGCACCCUCGCCGCUAAACCUGUUUUAUUUGAUAAACAGUAGAAGUGCCUCAAAAAUAUAUUUUACACAGCAAGCGUCUUGAAAAGAUCGACUAUGUGCGGUCGGGUGUAAAAAAAACUGUAUGGUGACGAAAGCAACGCUCCCAAAAAAUCCUGGCCAAUUUGAAAAAAAAAAAACGAUCAUCACAUGCUUUUGAAAAUGUUCAACAUCAUUUUCUCCUGAAGAUGGAAUAAGUUGGCGUCGUAGUCUGAAUGUUUGUGUUGUUUAUUCAAGUAGUUUACAUUGGAAAUGUAAUUGGUUUGGUCAGGACGAGCUCAAUGUCUGUAACAUGAUGAUUGUCAUUGCAGUGUGUUUUACACAGAGAGAAGAUUGGAGGUUUUUGUUUUGUUUUUAAGUCUGGACUGUCGUUUCCUUCUAACAGCGUUCUUUAAUCUGUUUUAUUUACACCUGGAAUCUGGAUGAAUGAAUACACACGGCCUUCUGUAUCUCUCCCUCUUUGUGAUGGACGGCGACGCGUGUGCGUGCGUGCGUGCGUGCGUGUGUGUGUGUGCAUGCAUGAAUGCGUGUGUGCGUGUGCAUGCGCUAUCCAAUCAGAAUCAUCAUGUGUUUCAUGGUGCUCGAUUAACAACGACAAUCCACACAAACAUUUGCUUUAGCGGGAAUGUGGCACUGGUCUUACAACUUUGUUGUUUUUAAGUCACGAAAGUUUUCUUUUUUGCAAAAGUUACAGUUUUAAUGUAAUUUUUGAGGUGGAAAGUGAUUUAAAACGAUUUUAGUUGUCAUUCAUUUUAUUGUAUUGUUUUGUUAAGUACUAGUCACAGAACAACGGUGUAACCUAUUUUAAAAUGAAUGUAAUUUAUUAAGCCCGGUUUAGCUACGUGCGCUCGUCCUCGGUUACGACGGCGGCUUCUGCCGUAAGCUCAGCCAAUCAGGAGCCGGCUUUUCAAAUUGUGACGCAAUCGGACAUGGCGCCGCAGCGUAAGCCGGGCUAUAGAUCUGCUUGUGUUAUGUAAAGAUGUUUAUUAUAUAGGUAAUGUUUUACCAAAAAAUGAUUAAAAUUGAACAAAAAAAGGAAAAAAAUAUAAUAGAAAAAUCUCUGUAGUAUAAUAGUUCUUUCAUAAUAAUAAUAUUAAGUUGUUGCCGUGGCAACCUGCAGUUGCAAAUACUACAUUUUUGGUAUUUUUGUAAAUGAUGUAAUUGUUAAGUUGAUUUUUGUUUCUUUUUGUUUUUCUAGAGCACUGUACAAUGUUAGAUUGUAAAGCAGAUAUUGGAACAUUUCUUAUUUUUUUGUCAAGAUUAUAUAACCGGGAGAUUUUCAGUAGCAUUUAUCGGCCUCUUUAAUGGUGUAACGUUUAAGAUGUAUUAAUAAAUACUCACCGGUUACAAAUAGUGUGACGUAACUUAAGAAACAGUCCCACAAUAUUAUAUCAGUCCAAUCGACUAGCCUUUUCUUUUUGAUGAUGAUGGUGAUGUAAAGGAUCUCAAGUAGUGCUGAAGAUUGGUUUUAUAUUAUUUAUGAAAAUUGUCCUGGUUUGUUCAACAUCUAAUGACUGCACUUUGAUUUCAUGUAACUGUAAGAUGAUCAUUCAAACAGAUGCACAGUGAAACACAAAUCAAACAUGAUGAUUCUUUUAUCAGUUUUGUUACACCAGACAACUAAAUAUUCUGUAAGCAUCUUGCAUGGUAUUUUAUGUCAAAUAAGAAGUUAUUUUCAAUUUAAUUUAAUCUAAGAAAAGAAAAUAUUGAAUGUUUCUAUCUACACUACAGAAGUAAAAAACAUCUGCACAUUUGUUGAAAGUAAGGGUUGUUUUUCAUUUGGGAUUUCUCAUGCAGGAGAAACACUGUUGACUGAUGGUGUGAAGAAGCACUUUUUGUAAACUGAGCAGACACAGCGUAUCCAAACACUUUGCCUUACCUUUAGUCCAUUGUUCUCUUGUGUUCUCCUGUGUCAACAGAAUUUACUUCACAUCUUCAUUCAGAUACCAGUAUACUGGACCUAUAACUAACAAAUGUAAGAGUUUAUUGUUUCUCAACAUUUUCAGCGAGAGGUUUGAUGCUCUUGAGAUGUCACGUCAGACUCAAAGGAUUGUGGGUAUUUACGCUGUGCUGCUUGACUUCCAUCAGUAAUGCAGAAGCCCAUCCACACACACACACGUUCACUGAUUAAUAUGAGAAGAGAAAAUUAUUAAGCAAGCCCUCUUUGGAAAAUAUUAGUUUUCAUGUAACCAUUUAAAAUGUUUUAUUUGUGCAUAUAUAUUAUGUGCUAUUUUAUGUCAUAUAGUCAAAAAUGUUUUUGGUUCCUGAAAAAUAGUGUAAAAUCUAUUGAGACAAAACCAAUAAAUACAAAAUAAAAAACG